GAAACUAUGAGAAGAAACUUGACUUCAGUGAGUGAGUUCAUUCUUCUGGGACUGACCAAUCGCCUGGAAUUACAGAUCAUCCUCUUCCUGCUCUUUCUGGCAGUUUACCUGGUCACAGUGGCAGGGAACCUGGGCAUGAUUGUACUCAUCCAGCUCAAUGCCCGGCUCCACACGCCCAUGUACUUUUUCCUGAGUCACUUGUCCUUCGUGGACCUGUGCUUCUCGUCCAAUGUGACUCCAAAGAUGCUGGAGAUCUUCCUGUCAGAGAGGAAAACCAUUUCCUACCCUGCUUGUCUGGUGCAGUGCUACUUCUUUAUUGCCUUAGUUCAUGUGGAGUUCUAUGUCCUGGCCGUGAUGGCCUUUGACAGGUACAUGGCCAUCUGCAACCCUCUACUGUAUGGCAGCAAAAUGUCCAAGAGCGUCUGCACAUCCCUCAUCACAAUUCCCUAUGUGUACGGGGCUCUCACUGGCCUGAUGGAGACCAUGUGGACCUACAAGCUAGCCUUCUGUGGCCCCAAUGAGAUUAAUCACUUCUAUUGUGCUGACCCUCCACUGAUUAAGCUGGCUUGUUCGGACACCUACAACAAAGAGACAUCAAUGUCUGUGGUGGCUGGCUGUAACCUUUCCUUUUCCCUUCUCAUUAUCCUUAUUUCCUAUCUUUAUAUUUUCCCUGCUAUCCUGAGGAUUCGAUCUACAGAGGGUAGGCGCAAAGCUUUCUCUACCUGUGGUUCCCAUCUGACAGCAGUCACCAUAUUCUAUGCAACUCUUUUUUUCAUGUAUCUCAGACCCCCCUCUGAGGAAUCUGUGGAGCAGGGUAAAAUGGUGGCUGUGUUUUACACCACAGUGAUCCCCAUGUUGAACCCCAUGAUCUAUAGUCUAAGGAACAAGGAUGUGAAGGAGACAUUGACCAAAGAACUGUUCAGAAGAAAAUUGAUGUCUAAAUAA